AUGGCUCCUCCCACUCCCUACCCCUUCCACUUCGCCAAAACCGAACCGAACCGUCCUCCGACCAACACUCCCGAAACCCUGAACAUCACCCUCCAGAAUGUGCGCGGCAGAAUCCCCUCCCCGCAGACGUCCCGCCUCCGCACCAUGAUGUUGGAAGCCCGCAACGACCCAACCAAGAUCCUCGCCUUUCCCUGCACAUAUGACGGUCUCUCCUCACGCUUGGUCGAAGAGGCCGGAUUCCCGAUGCUGUUCCUGUCCGGGUUUGCGGUGUCCAGUUCCUACGGUCUCCCAGAUACAGGCUACAUCGCAAUGGAAGAGAUGUGCUCGAAGAUCCAGGAGACCGUCCGCGUCACCACACUGCCCAUCAUGGCCGACGGAGACACGGGGUAUGGAAGCUCGAUGAACGUCCGUCGGACGGUCGAGUGCUUUGCUGCCGCGGGGGCGGCGGGCGUUAUGAUUGAGGAUCAGACAUGGCCGAAGCGAUGUGGCCACACGAAAGGGAAAUCGGUCGUGUCGCGCGGGGAGGCCUACGCGCGCAUCCAGGCCGCGUGUGAUGCCCGCGACGAAGGGCGAGAUAUCUUCAUCCUCGCCCGCACUGAUGCCCUGAUCCAUGGAUGGGAUGAAGCAAUGACACGGGCGGCCGAGUUUAAACGAAUCGGCGCUGAUGCUGUGUUUGUCGAAGCUCUGCCGGAUAAAGAGGCGAUGCAGCGAUGCGUCCGGGAAUUGGACAUUCCUAUGCUGGCGAAUAUCAUCGAAGGUGGCAUGACAGAGAACCUGUCGGCCAGAGAGCUGGCGGGUCUGGGGUUUGCUGCCGUGGCGUACCCGUGGACGCUUGUGGCUGCCCGAUUGAAGAGCAUUCGGGAUACGUUGGAGGGACUGAAGAAGAGCAUUGUAGAGGAUGCGCCUCCGCCGAUGAUUCUGGGGUAUUCGGAUGUGUGUGAGGGAGUUGGAUUCACUAAAUACUGGGAGGUGGAGAAACGGUAUGAAUAUAAUGACGAUGGGAUUGUGGGCAAAGGGGCAAAGAGUCCUGAGGAACAAAGCUAG